GCAGCAGGUUUCCGGCACUUGCAGUCAUUUCCUUCCGUGCUCUGUGUGUGCUGGCAUCCUGUAGACAUGGCGGCGUACGGAGAGAUGGGUGUGAUGACGGAGAUUGCUCAGGCUGUGGAGGAGAUGGACUGGCUCCUUCCUACUGACAUCCAGGCCGAGUCUAUUCCACUGAUUCUGGGCGGAGGUGAUGUACUUAUGGCUGCAGAAACCGGAAGUGGUAAGACAGGGGCUUUCUGUAUCCCCGUCAUUCAGAUUGUAUAUGAAACCUUGAAAGAUCAACAGGAAGGCAAGAAAGGAAAGGCUGCUGUUAAGACUGGCAGCACAGUCCUGAAUAAGUGGCAGAUGAAUCCAUAUGACAGAGGUUCUGCCUUUGCCAUUGGUUCUGAUGGAUUUUGUUGUCAGAGCAGAGAGAUGAAGGAGUGGCAUGGAUGCAGGUCAACUCGCGGAGUCAGCAAAGGAAAGUAUUACUAUGAAGUGUCCUGCCAUGACCAGGGUUUGUGUCGAGUUGGUUGGUCUUCACUUCAGGCGUCAUUAGAUCUUGGUACGGACAAGUUUGGCUUUGGGUUUGGAGGAACUGGAAAGAAGUCUCACAACAAGCAGUUUGAUAACUAUGGGGAGGAGUUUACAAUGCAUGAUACCAUUGGUUGCUACCUGGACGUCGACAAUAGCCUUGUGAAGUUCUCUAAGAAUGGGAAAGACCUCGGGCAUGCUUUUGAUAUCCCCCCACACUUGAAGAACCAAGCAUUCUUUGCAUCAUGCGUUCUGAAGAAUGCCGAGCUGAAAUUUAAUUUUGGAGAUGAGGAAUUCAAAUUCCCACCUAAGGACGGGUUUGUUGCUUUGUGCAAAGCUCCAGAUGGUCACGCAGUCAAAUCCCAGAAUGCUGGAAGUGCCCAAGUGAGUCAAGCAAAGACUUUACCUAAUGCACCCAAAGCCCUCAUUAUUGAACCAUCCCGGGAGCUGGCGGAGCAGACUCUGAAUAAUGUCAAGCAGUUCAAGAAAUACAUAGACAAUCCCAAACUAAGGGAGCUCCUGAUCAUCGGUGGAGUAGCUGCAAAGGAGCAGCUGGCAAUACUGGAGAGUGGAGUUGACAUUGUAGUGGGCACUCCGGGAAGAAUUGAUGAUCUCAUCUCAACGGGAAAACUGAACCUGUCACAAGUGCGCUUCCUGGUCCUUGAUGAAGCUGAUGGCCUCCUCUCUCAGGGAUACUCAGACUUCAUCAACAGAAUUCAUCAACAAAUCCCUCAGAUCACUCCCGAUGGGAAAAGGCUGCAGGUGAUCGUGUGUUCGGCCACUCUUCAUUCAUUCGAUGUGAAGAAGCUGUCUGAGAAAAUCAUGCACUUCCCCACCUGGGUGGAUCUGAAAGGAGAAGAUUCUGUCCCUGAAACCGUUCACCAUGUUGUAGUGCCGAUCAACCCAAAGAAGGAUAAAGUGUGGGAGCGGCUGGGCACCAAACAUGUCCGAACUGAUGGAGUCCAUGACAAAGAUAACACCAGACCCGGAGGAAGCUCCCCAGAAGCCAUGUCGGAAGCCAUUAAGAUCCUGAAGGGAGAGUACACAGUCCGUGCCAUCAAAGAACACAACAUGGACCAAGCCAUCAUCUUCUGCCGGACCAAGCUGGACUGCGACAACAUGGAGCAGUAUUUUAUUCAGUAUGGAGGAGGGCCUGACAGGAAAGGACAUCAGUUCUCAUGUGUGUGUCUGCACAGUGACCGGAAGCCACAGGAGAGAAAGCAAAACCUGGAGCGAUUUAAGAAAAGUGAAGUUCGAUUCCUGAUCUGCACAGAUGUGGCUGCCAGAGGUAUUGAUAUCCGUGGAGUUCCUUACGUUAUCAAUGUGACCCUUCCGGAUGAGAAGCAGAACUAUGUCCAUCGUAUUGGGAGAGUUGGCCGAGCUGAGAGAAUGGGAUUGGCCAUUUCUCUGGUGGCAUCGGAAAAAGAGAAGGUUUGGUAUCAUGUGUGCAGCAGUCGUGGUAAGGGAUGUUAUAAUACCAGGCUGAAGGAUGAUGGCGGCUGUACCAUAUGGUACAAUGAGAUGCAGCUGCUGUCAGAGAUUGAGGAGCAUCUGACUUGCACCAUAUCACACGUGGAGCCUGACAUGAAGGUGCCUCUGGAUGAAUUUGAUGGAAAAGUAGUGUACGGGAAACGCAGAGCUACUGGUGGUGGACUCUAUAAAGGACAUGUAGAUAUCUUGGCACCUACUGUACAGGAGCUGGCUUCUUUGGAGAAAGAGGCUCAGACCUCCUUCUUACACCUGGGCUAUCUGCCCAACCAACUCUUCAGAGCCUUCUAAACCUUCUGUAGCGUCAAUAAAUCUGCCCUUCAGUUGGAGGAGAGAGCUGUCUGGUAGAACUUCCCCUGCAGGAUGAGACCUCAAACUCGACACCAGUCACUACAACCGGAGCUGCACUUCUAUAUGCAGCAAUAAUGCGAAUAUGGACACUUUAGGGUUUUUCUUUUCAUAUUUUGUUUUUGUUUUCUUCCAUACCAGGUAAUGCUCGGUAUGACGUGAGGAGGUACAUCUCAAUUUCCUUUCCUAGUUAAUGUCUGACAUUGAUUUUGUGCAUG